AUGGCCAUCACCGGCUUCGUGUAUCCAGUUGCAGUGCAUUGGGGCUGGUCGGCGGAAGGCUGGCUGUCGGCGUUCCGGGUGGGCGACGACGGGAACGCGGACCCGAGCCUUGGGGCCAACGGGCUUAUCGACUUCGCGGGCAGCGGCGUGGUUCACGUGACCGGGGGCGCCGCGGCGCUCAUGGCGGCGUACUUCGUAGGCCCCAGGGCGGGGAGGUUCAACCCGGACGGGACUGUGAACGACAUGCCGGGUCAGGCCACGGUGCUCUCCGUGGCGGGCACCUUCAUCCUGUGGUUCGGCUGGUACGGCUUCAACCCCGUCUCCACUCUCGUCUUCGUGGACAGCAUGGCCGUCGCCACGCGCGUGGCGGUCACCACCACCAUUUCCGCGGCUGCCGGCGGGAUCACCUCGCUGGCGGUGCACGUGCUGAGGCGGCAGCCGCCGGACCUGCCGCCCACGCUCAACGGCAUCCUGGCGGGACUGGUGGGCGUCACGGCCGGCUGCCCGGUGGUGGACUCCCAGGGCGCUUUCGCCAUCGGCAUAAUCUCCGCCUUCGUCUACACGCUGUGGUCGGAGAUGCUCAAAAGGCUCCGCAUCGAUGACCCCCUGGACGCCUCCUCCGUCCACAUGGCCAGUGGCAUCUGGGGCGUCAUCGCCGUCGGCCUGUUCGCCACCGAGUCCAACACCUGCAGUGCUGGCUACGCGUCGUGUGCGGACGACUACGGCGCCUUCUAUGGCGGCGGGGGCAGGCAGCUUGGCGUGCAGCUGGCGGGCGCCUUUGGGCUCUCCCUGUGGAGCCUGGCCAUGUCCACCGCCCUCUUUGGCCUCAUGGCCCUGGCGGGGGUCCUGAGAGUGAGCAAGGCGGACGAGGCCGUGGGACUGGACUUCUCGCACCACGGUGGUGCGGCGUACUUCGGGGAGGGUCAGAUAGCGGCCUCCGUGAAUGCCCUGGCUCAGAAGGUCCUGGAGGAGGGCGGCGGCGGGGCCAAGAAGGAGUGCCUCGCGCCAACGUCUGAGUGA